AAAAAAACAUUGGGCGAGAAAUCGAGAUCAAAGUUAAAAGUACACAAUAAGUGAAUAAAAACCGGACCAAAAUUUCCGAUGAAUUUCUCUUUUCUAAUUCGUUUUCCUCUCAGAUUUUCAUGUCAUCGGGUGAAUAAAACUUUCUCACCAUGCUGCAAUUUUUUAAAUUCGGCGUUCGGCAGGACACCCACGGCCAAAUGUUUGUCUGGCGAGUCGGGGCAGGCGAUACAAAAAAAUGUAAAUGUCCUCAAGAGUGUACCGGUGACCAGAAGGAAGAGCAUGGUAGAAAAGCCUAAAAAAAUUUAUAAAUAUUACGACCUGAGUGCCUAUGCAACGGCAGAAGAGUAUCAGUUAGAAACCAUUGGUCACCUCAUGCAGAACUUCCUGCCUUGUACAGUACAACAACUUCCAGAUGAUGCAUUGGAUGUUUUACACGUGCAGUUCAAUGAAAAGAAUGCAAUUAAAAAUAAAGAAGAUGAAGAAACUGUCUUAAAAAAUAUUUUUCUAUUCAGGGAAGGAUCCAUAGUCUUCUGGAAUUUUACAGAACCUGAGAAAUUGAGAAUAUUAAGUCUGAUUCGCGACCACCAGCAUGGCUCCUAUGAUGAGAACUUGAUCAUGGAACAACUUGAAAAUGUUGAAUUUGCUUUUACUGAUGCCAAGACAAGUUUAGUGAAUGGGGCCAUACACAUCCAGCGGCCGCAGGAAGGAGAUGUCGAUCAUCUUGAGAUGUUUACUUUCUCUAAUGCCAUCUCUCUAUCAGUGAAGUUAGCCGUUUGGGAAGCUUCAUUGGAGAAAUACAUUGAAUCAAUUGAAUCAAUGCUAGAGGAUUUGAAAAAUGGUCGAAAGUUAAGAGUUUCAGAGAGUGACGUGCUGAAAAAAGCCGGGGAACUUUUCACAUUAAGCCACCUGAUCAACUUGAGUUCUGACCUGCUCGACACGCCAGACUUCUACUGGGACAGGGACCAGCUGGAGAAGUUGUACCGCAAAACCUGCAACUUUCUCAACAUUCCUCGAAGGACCAAAGUGAUGAAUGAGAAGCUGAGGCAGUGCGUUGAAUUCACGGAGUUGGUGAGGGACUACCUGAAGGACAAACACCACACCAGGCUGGAGCUCAUGAUCAUAUUCCUUAUAUUCAUUGAGGUAAUAUAUGGAAGUUUCCACUUUUUGGACAGAUACCUGCUCAAAAACGAUUCGUAAUAUUCGUUGCUCAAUGUAGAGAGUUGUUGUGUUUUUGUAGAUAGUCAAAUUUUGAUGCACCUUUAACUUAUUUUUCUGUCAAUAUAGGAAAAUUUUUUAUUGUACUGACUUUUUUGUUUUUUCUGGAUACUUUUAUAAAUAACUAAACAAAUAUAACUUUUUUUAGAAUC